AUGCGAGAUGUGUACGAAAAGUAUAAAGAUCAUCUUGAUGUAGUGGCUUUGUUUGCCGAUGCUCUUAUGAACUGGAAGCCACAAAAGAUGUUUGAUGUCAAGACUGGCAAGCCCAUUACCUCAUCACCGGUAUUUGAGGUAUGUGCCAUCUUGGAGAGUGGUAUGGCUAUGCCAGGUGGACGAAGACAUGCAGGCAUUCCUCAUCUUUACAUCCAUCUUACGGAGAGAUCAGACGAACCCGAGGCUGCCUUGCCAGCUUGCGACAUCAUCCGCGACCUGGUUCCCGAUGCGGGCCAUAUGUCCCAUAUGCCGACCCAUAUCGAUGUGCUUGUGGGCAAAUAUCGCCGCUCUAUGGCAUACAACCACAAGGCCACUCUCGCCGACGACCAGUACUUCGCUAAGCAUGGCGCUUACUCUCAGCGUGAUCUUUUCCGGGAAGCCGCUAAGCGCGUACCAGUCUCUCGUCUCGACUAUCCCAACCGUAUAGUCGAUGUGUUAAAGGUAGCCACUGCUAUGUUGCAUGGAGAGAUUGAGUAUCGACGUCAGAACUAUCACGUUGCUUUCGAGGCACUCAGAGAGGCUAUCAAGGCCGAAGACUCGCUGAUGUACACGGAGCCUUGGGGUUGGAUGCUCCCUGCCAGACAUCCAUAUUGA